UCAGUUAGUGAAACUGGAAGGACAAUAUGGAUCAAGAUCCAGAACAAACUGCUUCUAAAAGUAUUGAAGGUGUUGGCCAAGAAACCGAGAAUAAAGCGCCACCCGCUUUUAUCGAGAGAACAUGGAAAGACGAUUUCGCUCUAAUUGUAGAGUGCAGGAAGCUCUAUGUAUCAAAGGCAGUUCUGGCUUAUGCGUCACCAGUGUUUGACAAGCUAUUCCAGUCAGACUUUAAGGAGAAAAAUCAAGAAGAAAUGGAAUUACCGGACAAGAACUUUUAUGACGUGCUCGAGUUCCUCCAUUGCAUCUGUCCGGCAAAACUUAUUUGUGAGGAAAAUGUGUAUCGAGUACUUCCUCUUGCUGAAGAAUAUCAAGUUGCACACCUGAAAUCAAAAUGUGAGUUGUUCUUGACAAGUAAGCUCAGAGAUGAAUCAGAUGCAGACGAAGUUUAUGAUAUGUUGCAAAUAGCCUUGACUUAUAACAUGGAUGAACUCCACAAGAAAUGUGUGACAGAAGCUUCUAAAAAGUCAAUUGAAGAGUUAAACAAAGCUUUGAAGAGGACUGAUGCUCCUUUGAAAACCAUAUGCAUGAUCCAGGAUAAAAUGAUACGACGACUGGAAAAGUCUGAACAAAAAAGCAGAAGCUUGCAGUCUGUAAAUAGAUAUUUAAUUUUAGGACUAAACAAUAUAGAAAGAUUUAUGAUCAUGAACAGUGAGAAAUGGGAAGGUAUAUCUUUAAAUUUUGCACUGAAUGGUAAAGAACUACAAAAACAAAAUCACAAGCAGACGAAAGAAUUCAAAAUGAUGGAAACUGACGCAAAAUUCACCGUUAAGGGUGGUCCAAAUGACAGCUUAUUGCUAGAGCUUUCAUUUGAUGCAAAUGAAUUAAAGGGCUGUAUAGUAUCAGUGUUUGGAAGAUUUGUAAUAAAAAAUUGCACCAAGAAGAAUCCAGACUUAAUAGAAAACACUCGGAUGCCCUUUAAAGACGGUCAGUUUAGCAUAACAAAGAGCAUGAACAUCGGCAAAGUGUAUGAUGCGGAAAGGGGGUUUAUCAAUUACUGUAAUGGUAUAAUUGAAACAGAAGUUUCCAUAAUAGCUGACAAACAGAGUGUCCCAUAACGAUCCGGUCUUCGCUUGCAAAUGUGUAAGGACCAGUGUAUCACACUGAUAUGACGUUAUGACUUUGAAUAGAAAAAGGUUUUGAGCUAUAUAAAAACUAGGAUGAUAAUUAUAAGAAUGAUAAAGCAGUGUUUCUGGAACCUAGCCCCCCUCAUGUCGUAAACAUAAAUCAUACGAGAAUCAUCUUUUAUUGAACUAUUGUAAGUUUUCACUUGCUGUUUAUUUACAUUUUUACUUCCAGUUUAUUGUGUAAAUCGAGAAAAGAAAGUGCAACUACAGCUCGUUUAAAUGGGUCAACCGUGUUGAUGCACUUAUAAAAUAGACUGGCCCGGUUUAUAGGUUGGUCAGGGCUACGAUAUGUAUUGUAUUUUGCUAUCCAAAUAUUUUUAUAAAAGGCUUCUUCCCCUUCCGUUUGGGUCCGUCUAUGUUUACAAACACGUUUAUUUAUGUUAUGGACUGUAUUGUCCGUAAGUAUUGACCUGGCACUCAUUAAUCUUCGCUAAGAUUUUCGGGCGUUUUCGUUAAUUUACGCAAUAUUAGUAUCCUGAAAGUAUCUACAUUACUAAAGUAACAUGUAAAAUUGAUCGAUGAAACGGUGGCGUAGAGGUAAGGUGUCUGACUUCCACGCACGUUACCACGGGUUCGAAAUCACUUACUAAACAGAGCCUUUUUUUUCUUCAGUUUAUUGUAUUGUAAUGCUAUCGUUUAUAUUAUUUCAUGUAUCAUAUUUCUUGAAUUUUAAUUCUUUUCUUUUGUAUUUUUUUCUGGAACGCUGGUUACAGGUAAUUUCUUUUUAUCUAAGAUACUUUUAAAACAAUUUUAUUCCACUUUUUUAACGUGUAACUAUGAUUAUUCUUAAUAAAUGAACCAUAAAUAUCACGAUACGUUUGAUCAAAAGAGUAGUAAGUCUGCAUAUAAAAUUUGGGGGCAAAACGAUAUGGUCAGAUGUAGGACUCGAACCCAAAAUCCUCAUAUUGGCAGGUAAUCGCUUUGUCCGCACAGCUACUUGCACAUGUGACAAUAUAUCAGUUAGGAAUUAUAUAUGUAAUAUUUAGUUAUAUCGCUUUUUAUGUUCGGACACCGAAAAUAAAUCUACGGAAAUAUACGGAAUAUUCAUGAGUGCCAGGUCAAUACUUACGGACAAUAUCAAUGUAUUUAUUAU